CAUAUAUGCUCACGGUUGUGUUGGAGCUUGGAGGGGAGCACUGGCGACUUCACUGAGAUUACAAGCUUGCUGAUCAAUCAAGAAAGAGCAAACACUGUUGCAUAUUUUCUGCAAGAUCUUCUAAAUUCUGAAGUGAUGCCAAUGAGAGCAGGAAUAGAGGGAAUGCUUCAGUAGGAAGUAGGGACUGCCCUUUGGGUUUUCAACCGGCUCCUCUGCUUCUUUAUCCUUUCAUCAAUCGGUGCAUGAAGGUUCAGAUUUCUCUCCUCUUUCUUCUCUUAAGUCACGCCCGAUUUGUAUGAGUUGACAGUGCACCUCUGACUGAAGAGAUCCUGUUCGGAGCAAAUUAAAUUCGCAUUGACACAUACUGAUCUCCUUCUGCAUCACUCUGCUGUUGCAUCCUUUCGCUCUGCUCUGCUCAUGGUAUGUCGCUGGCUGUGGAAAGCUCCAUGGGCUCCAGUUAAGCAAGAGAGAAUUCUGAUUUCCUCCUUUUUCUUCUCAUAACACACGCCUGGUUUACACAUCUGAACAAACCGCAUCUGCAAGAAGAGAAGGCUUCGUCAGAAAAAUGAUCAAUUCAACCAUUCCUCCGCUGUUGCAUCCUUUUUCUUCCGUGUUAACAUGAGGUAUCAGAAGGUUUGAUGCACCCGUUUCUGUUGGACCUCUCAUUGAAGAGAUCUUGUUGGGAGCAAAAAAUUCGCAUUGACACAUUCUGAUCUCCUUCUGCAGCACUCUAAUCAGUGUUUUAUCAAUCGCUCCAUAAUUAGGUGUAGCAGCGUUAUCUGGUUUUCCAUUGGUGAUUGGCUGAUAACUUCUGUUAUUCAUUUUAUAAAUUGGUUUAUCAGUUACUUUUCAUCUCCCUUGGGCUCAUUCUGCUGCAUGAUAAAGUAGUGAUGGGUUGAUCAUCUGAGGAAACUGUUUCCGUGGAGAUGAUUACUGUUGGAUCUUAUUAUCAACAAUUUUCUCUUGCCGGAAGCUAGGUUCGUAAGCCCACAACGUUUUUGGUGAAUCUCCCUUGCGUCUUCAUUUGAUGGCAACCAUACUAGAUUCUUUGGUUGGAUCAUGCACCAAGAUGUUGCAAGAUCUCAUUACAGAGGAGGCCAUACUAAUUUUAGGUGUGAAAGAAGAGCUCAUAGAACUGCAGCGAAGAAUGGACCAAAUCCGACACUUUCUUAAUGAUGCAGAGCGAAGGAGCGUAGAAGAAUCAGCUGUUAACAAUUGGCUUGGUCAACUAAGAGAUGCUAUGUAUGACGCCGAUAUUAUUAUUGACUUGGCUAGAUCGAAAGGACGCAAGCUAUUGCCGGAUGAUUCUUCGCCAUCAUCAAGCAACUCAAGUACAUGCAGCGGCCUUUCCCUUUCCUCUUGCCUUUCUAAUUUCCGAACACGUCAUGAGGUUGCUGUCAAGAUUAGAAACCUGAACAAAAGAAUAGAGAAUAUUGCAAAGGGCAAAGUAUUUUCAUCACUCACCAAUACACAACCUACUGGAAAUGUUUCAGCACCAAAACUGAGAAAAAGUUCCAACCUUGUUGAGCCCAACCUUGUGGGUAAGGAGGUCAUACAUGCUUGCAAAAAAGUAGGAGAUUUGGUGCUUGCACAUAAGGAAAAGAAGUCUUACAAGCUCGCUAUUGUUGGAAUAGGAGGAGUUGGUAAGACGACACUAGCUCAGAAAAUAUACAAUGAUCAGAAGUUAAAAGGGAUCUUCAACAAACAUGCAUGGGUUUGUGUUUCCAAAGACUAUUCUGAAGUUGCUAUUUUACGGGAGAUUCUUCGAAAAAUUGACGUACAGUACAUGCCAGAUGAAUCAACUGAAGAUCUCCAAAGCAAGCUAGGGUCAUCCAUUAAAGAGAAGAGUAUUUUCCUUGUGUUGGAUGACAUUUGGCAGCAUGAGUUAUGGACUAACCUAUUGAGAACUCCGUUAGAUGCUGCAGUAGCUGCAGUAAUUCUGGUGACAACACGAAGUGAUACAGUUGCACGGGCAAUUGGUGUGGAAGAUGUGCAUCGAGUUGAAUUGAUGUCAGAUGAUGUAGGAUGGGAGCUGUUGUGGAAGAGUAUGAACAUUAAUAAAGAGACUGAAGUGCAAAACCUACGUGGUAUAGGGAUGGAAAUUGUUCGUAUGUGUGGAGGCCUUCCCCUCGCAAUCAAGGUUACUGCUAGUGUUCUAGCAACUAAAGAGAAAACUGAGAACCAAUGGAGAAAGUUUAUAAAUAAAAGUGCUUGGUCCAUGAGCAAGGUUCCUAUUGAGCUGAGAGGAGCUUUGUAUUUGAGUUAUGAUGACCUACCACGAUAUUUGAAGCAAUGCUUCCUCUAUUGUGCCUUAUACCCAGAAGAUUUUAACAUAUACCGUGAUGAUCUUAUAAGGUAUUGGGUUGCUGAAGGUUUUGUACAAGAGCAAGAAGAACAACUUAUGGAGGACACAGCUGAAGAAUAUUACGUUGAAUUGAUAUCCAGGAAUCUCCUUCAACCAGUCCCGGGAUAUGUUGACUAUUCUUGGUGCAAAAUGCAUGAUCUUCUAAGGCAGCUUGCUCAACAUUUAUCACAAGAUGAAUGUUUCUGUGGAGAACCACAAUCAUUGGAGGCUAAAUCUUUGUCUAGACUACGACGUGUUUCAAUUGUUACUGAUAGGGAUUCUAUACUGCUCCCCAAUGUGGACAAGGAGCAUACUAGAGCAAGGACUUUCAUUAUUCGUCGUACCAAGUCUCUGAGAGUUGAUAAUACAAUAUUUAGAAGAUUUCCAUACAUUCGAGUUUUGGAUUUGACUAGCACGCUUGUACAAAGUGUUCCAUCUUGUAUUGGAAGUUUGAUCCAUCUACGAUUACUGGAUCUUAAUGGCACUGACAUAUCUUGUCUUCCAGAAUCCAUCGGUUCUCUCAUAAACCUUCAGAUAUUGAAUUUGGAUCGUUGUGAUGCUUUGCAUAUCCUUCCUUCAGGGAUCACUCGAUUAUGCAACUUAAGGCGCCUUGGUCUUCGUGGGACACCAAUAGAUCAGGUUCCAAAAGGGAUAUGCGGGUUGAAGUUUCUCAAUGAUUUAAAAGGAUUUCCGGUUGGUGGUGGCAAUGAGAAUAGUACUAAAAUGCAAGAUGGAUGGAACCUGGAAGAGUUGGGUCCUCUUUUGCAACUGAGGAGUCUUGAUAUGAUUAAAUUGGAAAAAGCAACCCCUUGUACUGCAGAUUCACUGCUAAUAGACAAAAGAUAUCUCAAAGAAUUAAAUCUACUUUGCACUGAACAUACAGAUGAGCCAUAUUCUGAGGAGGAUGUAAUCAAUAUUGAGAGGACCUUUGAGCAGCUAAUACCUCCACACAACCUGGAAGAUCUAGGUAUUGUGAAUUUGUUUGGUCGCAGGUAUCCCACCUGGCUAGGUACUAAUACCCAUUUGUCUUCAGUAAUAUACUUGCGACUCAUAGACUGCAAAUCAUGUCUGCAUAUUCCUCCAAUCGGGCAGCUCCCCAACUUGAAAUAUCUGAGAAUCGAGGGAGCAACUGCAAUUACCAAAAUUGGACCCGAAUUUGUUGGCUGUGGGGUGGGUAAUCCCGGAUCUGUAGAGGGAGUGGCUUUCCCCAAGCUUGAAACAUUGGUCAUCUUGGAUAUGCCCAACUGGGAGGAGUGGACCUUUGUUGUUGUUGAAGAAGAAGAAGCAACAACUACAGCAGGUAAGGAAGGGGCAGAGGAUAGAGUUGCUAAGAAGCAAAGGCGGAUGCAGCUGUUCCCUCGUUUGAAGAACUUGGACCUCAUCCGGUGCCCCAAGCUGAGAGGUCUCCCACGGCAGCUUGGACAGGAGGCCACCAGGUUGAAGGAGCUCCGAUUAAGAGGUGUGGGCAGCCUUAAGGUGGUGGAGAGACUCCCGUUCCUACCAGAGGUCCUUCUAAUUGACGGAUGUGAAGGUCUGGAGAGGGUCUCGAAUCUUCCCCAGGUGAGAGUGCUGCGGUUACAAAAUUGUCCGAAUUUGAGGUGUGUUGAGCAGUUGGACAGAUUGGAGCAGUUGUGGCUGGACGUGGAUAUGCAGGACCUCUCCUCACUGUGGGUGACUGGGCUUCGACAACAACGCCACCAACUCCAUGGAGAAGACCUGGACGUCUACACAUGGGUUUGAGGCUGAGAGACACCCCGGUAUGAACAGAGCAUUAAUUAAGUUUUGCGUAUUUUAUUGGUUGUCUAUUUAAUUAAUGCAUUCUGAAAUCUCUUAUUUGAAAUCUGCACUCUGAUUAAUUAAUGCAUCCUGGAAUCCCUUAUUUGAUUAAUUAAUGCUACCUUGUUUGGACAUAAAUUUAGUUUUGGGUCUUUGAUUACUACCUUGUUUGAAUUUUGCACUCUUGAAGCCCGUGCUUCCUUGUUUGUGUUGUCCAUUUAAUGCUCUGUUCUGUUUGCAUCAUAAGCACCUUGCCAACGAUGUUUUUCAUAAAGUCACAUGCUAACCCAUAUUUAAAUGGCAGAUCGCAAUGGCACUACAUCAAUUAAAACGAAGACAGUUCCAGACGGCACUCCACAUUAUCAAUCCUAGAGACUCAUGCAGUUGUCAUUCUCUGUAUUAUUAUAUUACCCACUUAUGACCUUUUUUCCCCUUGCAUGAAAAAAUACCAAAACAAUUCCCAAAAAAGAAAAAAAGUUAA